AUGGUGUAUAAGCAUUUCAGCCAUCAUCACAAGCUGAGUUUCCAGCAGCUGCAACAAGCUGGUGCACCAGAAAUCCAAUGUUCAGGUUGCAAGUCAUCGAGCUCCGGUUCACUCUACAACUGCUGGCAAUGCAGCUUCUUCCUCCAUGAACAAUGCUUUCGUGCAAGCCGGUCCAUGGAACAUCCUUCUCAUCCAUCCCACCCUCUCACUCUUGUCCCCUAUCCAACUUACCCCUCUGGUUCCUUCAUUUGCAAUUCUUGCAACCAAACCGGAACUGGCUUUUCCUACACUUGUGCCAAUUGUGAGUUUGACCUCCAUGUCCAUUGCGCUUACGUGCCCCAAACCACCCAUGAAUCAUACCCUUAUGUUCAUAACCUACAUCACUCUCUCACCAACCAAACACCUGAUCACUAUGCCCCAUUCGUGCCCCAAAUUGCCACCCAUGACUCAUACUCUGCAGCUCCUAACCUGAAUCACUCUCUACCCAAUUCAGCACCCUCUUUCAAUGCCCAAUAUUCUCACAUGACUCAAAGUAGUGACACCCAUGAACCGUAUUCUAAUGUUCCUAACCCAAACAACAGUUUCAAAGCUCAAUAUCCUCAUAUGCCACAAAGUGACAUCCAUGAACCAUAUCCUAAUAUUCCUAACACGAAUCACUCUCCCCCCAUCGCGAAACCUAGUUUCAAUGCUCAAUAUCCUCAAAUGCCUCAAAGUGACAUCCGUGAACCAUAUCCUAAUAUUCCUAAUCCAAAUCACUCUCCCCCCGCCGCGACACCUAGUUUCAAUGCUCAAUAUUCACACAUGCUACAAAGUGACACCCAAGAACCAUAUACUAAUGUUCCUAACCCAAAUCAAUGUGGAACCCAUGAACCCUACCCUAUUGCUCCCAACCUAAAUCAUUCUCACCCCGUUGAAACUCCUGGUUUCAAUGCCCAAUAUUCUUACAAGCCUGAAACUGCCUCCCAUGAAUCUGUUCUAAGUGGUCCUAGCCAACAACACUUUGUUCCAAAUGCUGUUAGCACCGAGGCACUGUCACAGGCCAGUAAGCCAACACAUGUUUCAAAUGCGAAGCAUUUCAGUCAUCAACAUGCCCUGCAUCUAUCUGAAGUACAAGAGGAAGAUGGGAUUGCUUGCUCUGGUUGUGAACAAGACCUUUCAGGCUCGGCUUACAAUUGCUCCAAGUCAAAAUGCAACUUCAACCUCCACAAGUCAUGCUUUGAAUUGCCUAAGCAGAUCCAACACAAGUCUCAUCUCGAGCACCCUCUCAUCCUUCUAUCCUCCCCGGCUUAUGAAGAUGGGGAGUUCACUUGCAAUGCCUGUCUCCAAAAUGGCAGCGCGUUUACCUACCAUUGCUCAACUUGCAAGUUUGAUCUCCAUGUUGAAUGCUCUUCCCUGCACGAAACUGUGAAACGUGAAGAUCACGAACACACUCUUACUCUGUUGUAUUCCCCCUCAUACAAAAAGGUAACUGACGAUGGCAAGGAGAUGAUCUUCGAUUGUGAUGUAUGUCGAUGCACGGUUGAUGAACACUGCUGGAUCUACUACUGUGAAUUAUGCGACUUUGGCACCCAUUUGGAUUGCGUGACAGCUGAAAUAAGCCAAGAAGCAGCACAGGAAGAGUCACCUUUUGCAGCUAAACUCCGAAUGCAACUUGAGAUGCAAAGGCUUCAGUUUCAAGUGCAAAUGAGUCAGCAAACUGCACAAUUGAUGGCCAGCAUGGGACAAAAUUUGGUCAACCUAGUUUGA